CGGACAGAGACACGUCGCAGGGAAGCGGCAGCAGCGUCCGUGCCCGGCCGGAGCCGCCGCCGCCGCCUCGCCAGGCAGUUUUGGCUUGCUAUGAGGACCCAAGAUGGAUCCAGAAGCGCAGGAGCUGUUCAGGGACUACAGAUACAGAAAUUAUUCUUCAGUAAUAGAAAAAGCUUUGAGGAAUUUUGAAUCUUCAAGCGAAUGGGCAGAUCUCAUAUCUUCACUUGGCAAACUCAAUAAGGCUCUUCAAAGUAAUCUGAAGUACUCCCUCUUGCCAAGACGUCUGAUUAUCAGUAAGAGAUUAUCUCAGUGCUUACAUCCAGCUUUACCUAGUGGAGUGCAUUUAAAAGCGCUAGAGACCUAUGAAAUCAUCUUUAAAAUCAUUGGGACAAAAUGGCUUGCCAAAGACUUAUUCCUCUACAGCUCUGGCUUGUUUCCCCUGCUAGCAAAUGCAGCAAUGUCAGUGAGGCCUAUUCUCCUCGGUCUGUAUGAGAAAUAUUUUCUUCCUCUGCAGAAGUCCCUCUUGCCAAGUCUUCAAGCCUUUGUAAUUGGACUGCUGCCUGGAUUGGAGGAGGGGUCAGAAAUUUAUGACAGAACAGAUGCUUUGCUUGUGAAGCUGUCUGUACUAACAGGCCAAGAAGUGUUCUAUGCUGCUAUCUGGGGGAGUGUUCUGGUCAGCCCUUCUAUAAGACUUCCUGCUUCUCUAUUUGUUGUGAGUCAUAUCAACAGAGAGUUGUCUGGAAAACAGCAGAAGUACAUGCUGGGAACUGAUUAUAAGCUCACAGUAAAAUCUUUGUGUGUAUCAGUAUUGGAUUCAAAUGUUCUUGUGCAAAGAAACACUUUGGAAGUGCUUCUCUUCUUUUUCUCAUUUUAUACAUCUUUGGACUACAAUGAAAGUGCUAUUCCACUGCUCAGGUCUGAUGUAGUCCAUAUUCUCUCAGCAGCAACACAGACAGUCUUGAGGAGAGACAUGUCACUAAAUAGAAGAUUAUAUGCGUGGUUGCUAGGCUCUGAUAUUAAAGGCGGUACUUUUGCUCCAGAUUCUGCAGCUUUUGAAGAUCGUGCCCUCUAUUUUUUUGGAAAAUAUUCCAAAGAUCUUUUAAUUGAGGCUUUGAUUGAAAUAUUGCAUCAGAAGUUCUCAGAGUCUGCCUUAGAAGAUCAUGCAUAUCUGAAACCUUUCCGUAUCUUAAUUAGUCUCCUUGACAAACCUGAAAUAGGGCCACAAGUUGUUGGGGAUUUGUUCCUUGAAGUGAUUCGAGCCUUUUAUUCUUAUUGCAAGGAUGCUCUGGGUUCCGAUCUUAAACUUAGCUACAGUCAAAGUGGCAAUGUACUUACAAGUGCGAUCAAAGAGAAUAGAAGUGCCUCAGAAAUUGUUAAAACAGUCAACUUGUUGAUCACAUCCCUAAGUACAGAUUUUCUAUGGGAUUAUAUGACCAGAUGUUUUGAGGACUGCUUCAGGAAUAAAUCCAUGCAGACAAGAUACCCUACUGAGAAUGUCAGCACUCCUCCUACAAUCUCAGAGCUCUGCACACUACUGUUGUUCCUUCUUGAUGUGAUUCCUUUGGAACUUUACUCUGAAGUGCAGACUCAGUAUCUUCCACAGAUGCUCAGUUACAUGGUACAGUCUCUUCUGGAGAAUGUGGAGACUCUGAGUUUACUAGAACUCACUCAUGCUUUAAAGACCUGCUUCAAAGUGCUUAGCAAAGUACAAAUGCCUCCUGCCUACUUGGAUAACGAGACUGGAAGUGAAAACUCGAGCCCAGUGAAACAAGAAAAUGGUGAUAUAACUUUAGAAACCAAGCCUGCACUACAGGAUGAAGAUGACGUUGCUUUCGCUCCCCUCAAGUCUGAAGACAGUGGCAUAGGUCUAAGUGCCUCAUCUCCAGAGCUCUCUCAACACUUAAGAUUGCCAAGAGUGACUCCUGAGAAGGAUGAUGUUUGGAAAAAGGGGGGGAGUAUUCAGAGGACUUUGCAUUGUAUCCAAGAGUUAGUUGAUAAGUUUGCCAGUAAAUACAUUUUUGGGGUGCAUUUACAAGACCCAGGAAAUGGCAGAAUUUCUAUAGCAAACGUGGGCAGAGGAGAGAAAAAAGAAAAUAAUUAUAGAGUCGCUGAAAAUACUAGCAAGAAAAAGAACUCCUGGGAAGGAAAGCAAAUUACCGUACCGCAGUUUAAACAAAUGCUUUCAGACUUGUUCACAGUUCGAGGGUCACCAUUUAAACAGAAAAGUCUGGAGCCUCUCUCCCCUGCAAACCAUGACCUUGGUAGCAAAAAGGGAAAAGAAGAAUGGGACAUUGAGCAGGUAAUGCUUGACUUGGGGGACAUGAAAGAAGACUGCAGAGAGGCCUUUGCUGCUGCCUGUCACCUUCUACUGGAAUGUACUACCUUCCCAGUCUACCUUUCUGAGGGAGAAACCGAACAAUUGUAUUUAUCUCUGUUUCAAGUUCCUGGAGGUUGUGAUGCCAGCUUCCCUCUGUGGCUUAAAUCCCUAAUGACGAUAUGCUGCUGUGUAAAUGACUGCUACGUUCAGAAUGUGUCCAUUUCCACGCUGCUUGAAGUUAUCAACCAUUCUCAGUCACUGGCACUUGUGAUUGAAGACAGAAUGAAGCGGUAUAAAAUCUCUGGACACAACCCCUUCUUUGGGAGACUGCAGAUGGUCACAGUUCCUCCAAUUGCUCCUGGCGUUCUAAAACUAAUAUCAGAGAAAACAGACUUCUAUCAGAGAGUGGCUCAUGUACUUUGGAAUCAGCUGAACAAAGAGACAAGGGAGCACCACAUUACCUGUGUGGAGCUAUUCUAUAGACUGCAUUGCUUGGCUCCAUCAGCUAAUAUUUGUGAAGAUAUUAUUUGUCAUACACUAUUGGAUCACGAUAAAGGGACAAGACUGGAGGCACUUUUCAGAUUCUCUGUGAUAUGGCAUUUGACCAGAGAAAUCCAAGGCAGCAGAGUCACUUCCCACAAUCGAUCCUUUGACAGAUCUCUGUUUGUGGUACUGGACAGUCUAAAUUGUUCAGAUGGUGCAAUUGGUGCUGCAGCACAGGGCUGGCUAAUACGUGCUCUCUCGCUUAAUGAUGUUGCACGAAUUCUUGAGCCAGUACUACUGCUUCUUCUUCAUCCAAAGACACAGCGCACAUCCAUCCAUUGCAUCAAACAGAAGAAUUCAGCAGAAGACUUAAAUCAUUGGUUUAGCAAGAAAAGUGCCUCUUUCAAAGAGUCAUUGGGAGCCUCUGAGCUACAUGAAAGCAGUUCUGAAGAAAACAUACCACUGAGCCAAUUUACAACCGUGGACAGGGAAGCUAUUUGGGCUGAAGUGGAAAUUGAUCCAGAGGCAUCUCAGCUGAAAAAUGGACGAUCUGAAAAUGAACCAUCUCACUGUACAGAACCUCAGCCGGAUACCGGUGGUGAUCAUGAUAACAGUGAACACACAGAAUCAGCAGAUACCAGCACAGGACAUAAUGAUAGUGAAAAUACAUCAUCUUUUUCUCCUUCUCUGGAUCCACAGGAGAUAAGCAAUGAGGAGAACUAUAGAGCGACAACCGACUGCAGAGAAAACAUGAAGAAUGUUAGUUCAUCUAAUACUUUCCCUCUUCAUGGCUCCAAAUCCAGUACUAUGUUAAAUCUUGUGCGUGCAGACUCUGAGAAAACUCAAGCAUCAGAAUCAUUAUCAAGUGAUGAGGAAGUGGACUUGGAAUUCCAAGCAAUUACAACUUCUAGGCUGCUCAAGCAGCAGAAAGAAAAACAAGAGAUGAUAGAGGCUCUGUUUAAACACAUUCUCUUGUAUUUUCAGCCUUAUGAUUCCAAGAGGGUUUUGUAUGCUUUUUCUGUGCUAGAGGCAGUACUCAAAACAAACCCUAAAGAAUUUAUUGAAGCUGUUGCCAGUACUAGCAUGGAUACGAGCUCUACAGCUCACUUAAAUCUCAUCUAUAAUCUUCUAGCCCGACACCAGGAAACUCUUGUGGGACAGAGCUUUUAUGGUAAGCUUCAGACUCAGUCACCAACCAUGUGUCCCCAUUCUUUAUUAAUAGAAUUGCUGACUUACCUCUGUUUGAGUUUUCUGCGCUCUUACUAUCCAUGUUACUUGAAGGUAACCCACAAAGAUGUGCUUGGCAACAGAGAUGUCCAAGUUAAAAGUGUAGAAGUCUUGAUUAGAAUGAUGGCGCAGCUGGCUACAAUGGCAAAGUCAGCAGAAAAUAAGAAUAUCGAGUUUAUACACAACUUGCGUGGAAGAUGCAAAAUUCAAGAGUUUGUUCUUCUUUCUUUGUCUGCUUCUAUGUAUACAAGUCAAAAACGGUAUGAACUGAUGACAUCUGAUAAAACUAAUAGUGUCAUCGAAGAGAGCCUCUUUGAAGAAAGCCUUAUCAAUUUUGGGCAAGAUCAGAUAUGGAGUGAACAUCCCCUUCAGAUUGAGCUGCUGAAGCUUUUGCAAAUAUUGAUUGUCUUGGAGCACCAUCUUGGACAGACACAUGAGGAACAGGAGAACAAGCCAGACCUAUCUAAGGAAUGGCAACAGGCUCUUAAUUUCCAGCAGGCUAUUAGUGCAAUGCAGUAUGUGCAUCCACACCCCAUAACUUCACAAGGAUUAUUUGUCUCCGCUGUAGUUAGAGGUUUGCAGCCAGAGUAUGGCUAUGGGAUGCAUCCAUCUUGGGUAGGUUUAGUCACGCAUUCUUUGCCAUACUUUGGGAAAUCUUUAGGCUGGACUGUGGCACCAUUUAUCAUACAGAUAUGUAAAAACCUGGAUGAACUUGUUAAACAGUAUGAAAAUGAAACUGUGAAGAUGUCUGUGAGCGUAACUUCUAAAAGGGAGAACAUUACACCAGAUUAUCCUCUGACACUUUUGGAAGGCUUAACAACCAUUGGUCAUUUUUGCCUUUUGGAUCAUCCUAAUCAAACCAAAAAGGUGUCCCCUAUGUCUGACCCCGCAAACCUGAGAAAUGCCAGGAAUGCCAUUUUGGAAGAAUUGCCUCGUAUUGUUAACACAAUGGCCCUUCUUUGGAGUGUUAUAAAAAAGGAAGACUCUCAAAAAAGACCAACUGACUUUCUUGGGGCAACCAAAGGAUCUUCUUCAGUAUACUUUAAGGCAACCAAAACGAUAAAAAAUAAAAUUUUAGAUUUCUUGAAUCCACUGACACCACAGCUUGGAGUCCAGUUAAUAUCAGCAGUAGCAGCAGUGUGGAACAGCAAAAAAGCUCAUAAGAAUCAAAGUAAAAUAAAGAUUCUUCCAGUGGCUAGUGCAUCUCAGCUUAUUCUUGUGGACUUAGUGUGUGCACUUAACACUCUGAAGACUGACACUAUAUUACAGCUGGUAAAAGAAGUUGUCAAGAAACCAUCCCAAAUCAAAGGCGAAGAGAAAUCUUCUCUAGUGGAUAUCCCAGUGCUGAAAUUCAGCUAUGCUUUCAUUCAAAGACUUCCUGUCUCAGCCCUGCAGGAGAACUUUCAGUCAUUGUUAGGAGUGCUGAAGGAAUCUGUGCAACUGAACCUGGCUCCCCCUGGAUAUUUCCUGCUUCUGAGUACUCUGAAUGACUUUGUGACCAGAACUCCUAACCUGGAAAAUAAAAAGGAUCAAAAAGACCUGCAGGAGGUGACCCAAAAAAUCUUGGAAGCUGUGGGGAAUGUUGCUGGUUCCUCCCUGGAACAGACUAGCUGGCUGAGCAGAAACCUGGAGGUGAAAGCCCAGCCUCAGAUCUCUUUAGCUGAAUCCAGUGCUGAAGAUGACUUGUAUGAUGCUUCACUAGUACCAUCUUCAAUGGUGUCAGCCUCUGCUCCCUCAAUAUACAGUGUUCAAGCUCUCUCUCUUCUUGCAGAAGUUCUUGCUUCUCUCUUGGACAUGGUUUACCGUAGUGAUGAAAAAGAGAAAGCUGUGCCAUUAAUUUCACGCCUGAUGUAUUACGUAUUUCCUUAUCUACGCAAUCACAGUGCCUACAAUGCCCCUAGCUUCCGUGCUGGUGCUCGGUUGCUCAGCUCCCUAAGUGGAUAUGCCUACACUAAACGAGCCUGGAAAAAAGAAGUUCUGGAGUUAUUUGUGGACCCAGCUUUCUUCCAGAUGGACACUUCAUGCAUUCAUUGGAGGUCCAUUAUAGAUCAUUUUCUAACACAUGAGAAAACUAUGUUUAAAGAUUUUAUGAAUAUGCAGAGCAGUUCUUUAAAAAUGUUUCCAAGUUUUGAGCAAAAAGCAAUGUUGUUAAAGCGUCAGGCUUUUGCUGUCUUUAGUGGAGAAAUCGAUCAGUAUCACCUUUACCUUCCAUUAAUACAAGAGCGACUGACAGAGAACCUCCGUGUGGGACAGACUUCUAUCGUUGCUGCCCAGAUGUUUCUCUUUUUCAGAGUUCUGUUGCUAAGAAUUUCUCCUCAGCAUCUAACCUCACUGUGGCCAAUCAUGGUGACUGAAUUGAUUCAGACAUUUAUACAGCUGGAAGAAGACUUAGCUGAGGAGGAUGAACCGUCAAAGAGCAACAGCAAAGUAAGCAGACAGAAAACUUCAGCUUCAGGUGAUGGCAGUGGCCCCUUACUUUCAGACAUACAACAGAACGAACUGUCCUUGUAUUUAUCAGCUUGUAAGUUCCUGGACACAGCACUUUCUUUUCCACCUGACAAGAUGCAGUUAUUUCAAAUGUACAGAUGGGCCUUUGUUCCAGAAGUGGACACAGAGACUUGUACCAUGACCUCUCAUCUAAUGGAAAAUCACCAGGAAUGUAAACCACAUAUCAUUAGAAUCAUGGACUCGUUAAAGCUGAAAUAUGGGGAAACAAACACUAAUGAGAGAACUUCAGAGAAGUGUGAAUAUCCUCUUUUGAACCUUCGUUCUAUAUCCAGCAUCACACAGUUAAUGCCAUUCUUCAGGACCCUGAGCUGUGCGUUCAAAGCACAAGGUAACAGGUCCCAGAAUGCACAGAGUUCAGCAUCUCUGUCAGUGGAAUAUUCUCUUGGCAACAGCACAAGGAUCUUGAAACAACUAGAAGAAAGUGUUGAAUGUGACUUUUUGGAAAAUCUGGAAAGUUAAGGUAAUUGCAGGACAAUUCAUUUAUGUUGGUAUAAAUAGUGAAACAAAGCGACAACCUCAUUGUCAAAGAGAGAUUUGUUACUGGGUGUUUUUUUGUUUGUUUUUUCUGCCAUACACUCAGUUUUGAAACUGCAGUUCAGCUUUUUUUUGUACUGGUAUAAAGUACACCUCCCGGAAUCUUGUUUCUUGCUUUGUGUUGAGCUGUGAGGAUUUUUGCUCCGCUUCUGUGGAAGAGAAAGGUAACAUUUAGUACCAGUGAUAACUUAUUAUAGUCUUCGCAAUGGAAACACGAAUAGGAUUCAAGAAAAUUUUGUAAUUAUAGUAGAAAUAUCUUGACUAAUUAAGGAAGGCAACAAAUUUACUAUUUAUUUAACAAAUUAGCAAGCUAAUAUUUUAAUCUGACUUGGAGAACCUUUCUUCUAAAAGUAAAAAAACUAAUGUAACUUUCCAAAAAUUACAUGUCCGUGUAGUCAUCUUGCAUAUAUAGAUACUUUCCAGAAGCUGUUUAAAUUCCACUUAUAGUACUCUUUCUUUAACAAUUGCCCAAACAUAUUUAUCUACUAAACUUCGACAGAAGUAAACUAAAUUACCAACAAGUGUAUUUUAUCAGCUUUAAGAUGAUGUAAGUAAUGUGCAGAUGUACUGCAUUUGUAAUCUCAAAUCUCUAUUAUAGUAAUAUAUUCUGCAAGAUCAGUGAUUUAAUUUAGAAGACAGACCUAUUCAGUAACAUUUAUUGUAAUUUAUAAUCGCUGAAUUAAAUUAUUCCCAUAAUUCAAAAAUGGUCACUUUUCUAAAAUAAAAACUUUGUUCAGAAAUUGUUCUUUCAGAGACUAAAAUCACCUUAUAGCUUUUGAGUGGCAAUUUAAGUAAGGUAGUUCUGUAAAAAUGUAAACUAUUGUAUAUAAGAAACAUACAGAUCUUGAAAUGCAUGUGUGUUCUGUCCUUCAUAGAGACUUCACUUUCAUAGGUGAUCAAAAGCAAAACCUUUUACAGUUUUUAAAGACUCUUUUUAUACAGGUAAAUGUCUUUGCUGCUUUAGGUGGCACAAAAGAUAGGAGGAGACAGUUCAUGGGGUUGUGACUGAAAGGUUCAGGAGCAGCCUCUGAAUUCUGGUGGCAAAGCAGUUCUGAUAGAUUUAGAGGAAAGGGAUUGACUGGCUUAUUCUCCCUCCGCACAGUAAGGCUAAAUGUCUGAACUGCAUAAGAUGCCAUGUGUUUGAUCAUGGCCUCAUGGUGAGCAUCCUGGCAGUUACCUGCAGAAGGAGGAUUACAAGAGGGUUUUUUUGUUUUGCUUUUUAAUUGAGAAAGCAAACAUUCCUGAAUUUUCAACCUGCCUGUUAAUGCAAUGAAGUAUAAAAUCAUUAAGAUCAACAGAUAAGAUAAAUUAUGUAGGUUGAAUUAUUUUGGGGCAUUUUUCAUGUUUGUCAGGGAGAAGAGCUUUACUUGUUCUGUUUUAGUUCCUUCAUCUCUAAAGACAUGUUUUUGUGCAAUUUUGUUGAGCAGUUGGCCACUGCUACUAGUGUUAAUUGGAAACCUCAGUGCCAAGCUAGACAUGCCAAGACUUUUGAUUUCAAACAUACUAUUGCGCUUUUCUAUUUAAGAAGUCUCAGUAAAUAGUAAAGGUAUUGGACAGUGCAGACAGAUUUUUUUUUUCCUUCAAGAUUUAUACAGAAACACAGGAGGCUACUCUUGUUGGCAAUUCUUGUUGGCCUCCAGAUAAACUUAAGUUUUUCAUCUGUUUUGAUACAAAAUAAAUGGUGAAACAUACACAACAUCCUUUACUGUUGUGCUAUACCAUUGACUAAGGAAUAGUUAUUUACUCAUAGUCCUAUGCUGAACUUUAAUAAUUUGUAAAUGUUGGUACAAUUAAGUCAACUAGGAAAAAUAAAAGUAAAUGUAGUAUUGUUUUCUCAUUAUGAAUGUGAAUUAUCAGAGGUUCUGAAUGUAACUUAUUGACAAAUUAGAUCUGUGAAAGCUGUUGGUCUAAUCAUGGGUAAAAAGAUGUAGGAUCUCCUCUCAAUAAUAAAUCGCUAUCAAACUGGAGCAGAACAUUUAUUAAAGUUAAGUAUGUUACUUCUAAAA